UUGCUUCUCGUUGACAAUGUCAGAAGCUGCUGCGGAUCCUGCUACGACGUCCACGUCCACGUCCGCGGCCAAGAAGAAGACGAAGGUUUCUUAGCAUUUUCACAUACUGCUAGCUUUUUUUUUGAUGUUGUGUUACGUGAUGUUAGCGUUCAACUGCAGGUUACGAAGCCGAAAGGAGAGAAGAAAGCAAGGACGAUUGCCAGUCACCCCGUUUACGGCACCAUGAUCAAGUCCGCCAUCAAGGAGCUGAAAGAUCGAAAAGGAGCUUCAAAGCGAGCCAUAUUGAAGUUUAUCGUGCAGAAAUACAAAGUUGGCGAAAGUGAGAAACAGAUAAAUGCUCGACUUCGAGUCGCUUUGAAACGUGGGGUGCGGAGCGGGCUCCUCACUCAAGCAAGUGGCACUGGAGCGGCCGGGCGAUUCCGUUUGGCCGAAAAAUCGAGUCAUGAGGCGGCUGCCAAGAUUGCCAAGCCUGAGGUUAAGAGCAAGGCUAAGCCAGAGACGGGUGCAGCUGCAAUUUCUUCUCCACAGAAGGUGGCAAUGAAGAAGGUUGCUGUUAAGCCAAAAUCGCCGAAAAAAACGAAGAAGGCUUCACCGGCUAAGGCAUAG